CCCAAGAAAGAAGAAGUUCGUCCAUUUUCACCAACCUUCAGUAUCCAACACUUGUCCCCCGCUCUUCCCCCAACUCCCACUUCCUACCAUUUAAGCUGCGAUUGAAACUUUUUCAUAUUAACUUCGAUCGAAUUUUAAAAUCCUUUAUGGGUUUACAAUAGAUAUGACAACAACCCAGGAACCGAAACAAACUUUACUUGAAGAGGAAGUGGAGAGAGGGGAGAUGAUGCUGAUUCUAUCAUAAAGAAAAAAAGUUACUGGUUAAUCCGAUUGCUUCUUGUUUUAUUUUCUCAGAUUUCAAUGGAACCCGAAUCAGGACUUGCUUCUUCUUCUUCUUCCUCCAGAGAACCCCCACGGUUUUCAUGGGUAAUCUUUUCCAGAAAUCUUGUCCUAGCAUACCAGAGCUUUGGUGUGGUUUAUGGAGACUUGAGCACUUCACCUCUUUAUGUCUACCGGAGCAUAUUUGUGGGCAAGUUAGAUAAACAUCAAAAUGAGAAUGCAAUAUUUGGUGCAUUUUCGUUGAUUUUCUGGACACUAACAUUGGUUCCUUUACUGAAAUAUGUGUUUAUUGUCAUGAGUGCUGAUGAUAACGGUGAAGGUGGCACAAUGGCUCUUUAUUCGCUGCUUUGCAGGCAUGCAAAGUUGAGUUUACUUCCCAACCAACAAGCAGCUGAUGAGGAGCUGUCUGCAUAUAGAUAUGGAUCUGCAAGACGGGCUGUAUCAUCUUCAUCGUUAAAGUUAUUUUUUGAAAAACAUAAAAAGUUGCGCACGGUUCUGCUUAUUGUGGUUCUGUUUGCUGCUUGCAUGGUCAUAGGUGAUGGUGUCAUUAAUCCUGCAAUUUCGGUUCUUUCAUCGGUGUCGGGGCUUCAAGUUUUGGAAGGGAAGCUGACAAAUGAUUUGGUGCUAUUGAUUGUCUGUGUUAUAUUAGUUGGCUUAUUUACACUGCAGCACUAUGGAACUCACAGGGUAGCUUUCCUGUUUGCACCUAUCAUUAUCAUCUGGUUGUUUUCUAUUGCUGCAAUUGGGCUCUAUAAUACCAUACAUUGGAACCCGAGCAUUCUACGUGCACUCUCCCCAUAUUACAUAAUUAAGUUCUUCAAGGAGACCGGUAAAGAUGGAUGGAUCUCUCUUGGUGGCGUUCUCCUCUGCAUAACAGGAACUGAAGCUAUGUUUGCCGAUCUUGGCCACUUCACCUGUUUGUCAGUAAGGCUAGCUUUUGCCUUUGGUGUGUAUCCGUGUUUAGUAUUGCAGUACAUGGGUCAAGCUGCCUUUCUGUCUAAGAAUAUCUCAUCUGUCUCUACCAGCUUCUAUGAUUCGAUACCUGAUAAAAUAUUUUGGCCUGUCUUUGUCAUUGCUACUUUAGCAGCUAUUGUUGGAAGUCAAGCUGUAAUCACUGCCACCUUCUCUAUUGUAAAGCAAUGCCAUGCCUUUGGUUGCUUUCCACGGGUGAAAGUUGUUCAUACUUCAAGGCACAUUUAUGGACAAAUAUAUAUUCCUGAAAUAAACUGGAUUCUCAUGAUCAUCACUCUUGCUAUAGCAAUAGGGUUUCAAGACACAACCCUAAUAGGAAAUGCUUAUGGGCUUGCCUGCAUGACGGUUAUGUUCAUCACGACCUGUCUUAUGGCACUUGUCAUAAUAUUUGUUUGGGACAAGAAUAUUGUAUUAGCUGCUGCAUUCCUUCUGCUCUUCGGAUCAAUCGAAGGUGUUUAUUUAUCCUCUGCUAUAAUGAAAAUUCCUCAAGGAGGAUGGGUUUCCCUUGUGCUUGCUUCUGUCUUCAUGUGCAUCAUGUUUAUCUGGCAUUAUGGAACACGCAGAAAGUACAAUUUCGAUCUUCACAAUAAAGUUCCACUGAGAUGGCUUCUAGGAUUAGGCCCCAACCUUGGUGUUGUUCGUGUACCUGGAUUAGGGCUUGUAUACUCCGAAUUAGCAACCGGAGUGCCUGCCAUCUUUUCCCACUUCGUCACAAACCUCCCCGCAUUUCACUCGGUGCUGGUUUUCGUUUGCGUGAAGUCAGUUCCGGUUCCUUAUGUUUCUCCAGAAGAGCGAUUUCUUGUUGGUCGGGUUUGCCCAAGACCCUAUAGGAUGUACAGGUGCAUUGUGAGGUAUGGAUAUAAGGAAAUCCAAAAAGAAGAUGGUGAUUUCGAGAACCAGCUGAUACAAAGUAUAGCAGAAUUUAUCCAGAUGGAAGCAGUUGAACCGCGGUUAUCGAACUCCGACAGUGCGACGUUUGAUGGGAGAAUGGCGGUUAUAAGCAACAAGAAAGUGGGAAGUAGCAGAAGCCUGAUGGUUUCAGAGGAAGUUGAGUCGGAGACUAUGAAUGCCAAGGUGAGUAGUAAAUCGGCUACCCUUCAGAGCCUGGGGUCUGUUUUCGACGAUGAAAACCCGCAGCUGAGGAGGCGCCGUGUUAGGUUUCAUUUACCGGAGAGUCCUGGAAUGGAUCAGUCUGUUAAGGAUGAGCUUUUGGAGUUGAUUGAGGCUAAGGAUGCUGGAGUGGCUUAUAUAAUGGGACAUUCUUAUGUUAAAGCUAGGAGAAAUUCGUCUUAUUUUAAGAAGCUGGCUAUUGACGUUGGUUACUCGUUCUUGCGAAAGAACUGUAGAGGCCCCGGUGUUGCACUUAACAUUCCUCACAUUAGUCUUAUCGAGGUUGGAAUGACAUAUUAUGUUUAGGUAUCUGCUUAAAUCUGUUCGGAAAUCUUACUGUUAUAUGCUAAUAUGUAUUAUGGUGUGUUUUAUCGAUUUCCCUUGUAUUUUGGGCCGGUCUUUCUUUUACAUCAAUGUUGUUUUAUGUAUUAGGUUCUUGAUGUUGAUGGAAAAUAGACAUAUUUGGUGAAGGCAAGGUAAAGUUACAAAACAUCAAUUAGUAUUGCUUCA